CACAUUUGCUUCCAAUGGCUCUCCAGGGAAACGUAGCAAUCUUGACGCGUCUGCAGGACACAGCGUCUGCCGUGCAACAGUUCAAACAGACAAACCCGCAGGUAGCGGACGUGACGGUCCUCGCUGUGGCGGAGGACUCGGAUGUAACGCAGACUGUGACCAGCAGCAGUGCCUCCGCAAAGGAGAAUGCUUUCGACGGCAUCGUCUCGUUUAGUGAGCAGACGGAGGAGUUAGGUAUCGAGUUGGGUGCCGUGCUGCCUCUGCUUAAGACUGGCGGUGUAUUGCAACUGCACGUGGCCAACGUGAAGGAGGAGAAGAAGAAUGCUAUCCUCAUGGCGCUGAUGAUUGGUGGCCUUGUGGACACCUCCGACAAGCAGGAGAGCAGCCCGUUCUACCCUGAGUUCUCGGAUGCUGUAAGCUUCACGUCGAAGAAGCAGUCGUUCGAGAGUGCGGCCAUUCCGCUUGCUGUAAAGUCCACAACGACGCAGCCUAUCAAGAAGUGGACGGUGUUGGCGGACGAUUUCGGUGACGAUCAGGACGAUGACAUUAUCGAUGAGGACACUUUGCUUGAUGACACAGACGAGGUCCUGCAGGCAGCUAAGGCUGAUUGUGGCGAUGCGGUCGGUGGAAAGAAGCGCGCGUGCAAGAACUGCACUUGCGGUUUGAAGGAUGAAAAUGACAAGCCAGUCAUGUCGGAGAAGGACCUAAACAGUCUGGUGUCUGGAUGCGGAAACUGCUUUAAGGGCGACGCCUUCCGAUGCGGUAGCUGCCCGUUCCUGGGCAAGCCUGCGUUCAAGCCGGGCAUGGAGAAGGUUCUACUGAAUCUGGAUAGCUCCGACGAUAUCUAAAUACCCACGUGCCUCGGCUAAACACAGUUGAAGAUCACCUGACUACUUACAGCGCGAGGCAUGCUACAUGACCAGUUGAUUCAUUGUGAUCGUGCUGAGACCAUAAGAAAACGCAUCAUUAGUCCACUGCAU